AUGAACAAAGCUCAUCUCAGAUGGCGUUUAGGUAGGAUCAACGGCCGCCAGCUCUAUGAUGUGGCACUCCAAAACGAGCUCGAUAAACUUGCAGAGGCCAAAGCGGUGGUAUACAACUAUCGAAAAUCGUCAUUAACCGUAGGUGUGACGUCAGUGUCACUGGAUCCUUCAGGUCAGUUUCUGCUGGGUAGUGGCGAAGAUGGAAGUGUCGGUUUGUGGGCAUUGGACGAAAACUACAUUGAGAACACGCUAGUCGAUAAACGGAUCCAGUUUGCCCGUGGAGAAUCAAAGGAAGCAACCGGCGAUGACACUGGCAAGUCGAACUCCAGGACCCAUAUUGUGGCUAGAAGACCUGUGAACGUUUCUGGACCUUAUAGGCAUCAGCCUCAAAAGUUUUACGCAUCCAUACAAUCCAGUGCAAGUACCCCAUCACCCUUUCCACACGAGACGUACCAUGCGUUUUCGAUAUCUACGGUAAAAUGGUAUGAUACGGACAACGGUCUUUUUUUCACGGGAAGCAACGACCGAAAAGUCAAAAUUUGGGACACCAAUACGUUCCAGGUGGCAUCGUCGCUCGACGUGGCGCAUCGAGUAUCGCAAUUGGACACUAAAGGUGACCUUAUAGCCAUUGCCACGGAGGACUCGCAUCCGCGUCUGAUUGACCUCCGAUCCAUGAGCGCAACCAUCAGUCUUGGCGUUAAACGCGUCGACAUGAAGUCGGGCAUCAACACAGCUAAGUUUUCUCGUGACAAAAGCACAACUGCUCAAUUGAUGGCCACUGGUGAUAACGAUGGAAACGUCCGGAUCUGGGAUCUGCGUAAGAGUAACCGCGCGCUUUGUGAUCUCACCGAACCAGACUCCAUGUCCAAAGCACACGCGCGGUGUUGCAACGACAUUUGCUGGAAUCCUACCGGCGAUUUCGAGCUUGUAACCACUGGAAAUGACGGCAAAAACAAGCUGUGGUCAUUAGACGGAGAGAACAGGAGCUACGUGGUACGACAGCUGGGCGCAACAGACUUGAUGGCCAACCGUUUUCGCCAUCGCACUUCUCAGUAUUUGAUGUGGGAGGGACCAUACGUGUUUUGCAACUCCGACCAUGGAGAAGUUGUCGUUUACGAAGGCCGCACGGGACGCCAGUUGCAUACGUACCAGUACCCAUUGGGGGUGGGACAUAGGAAAACAACGCCCCGAUUCUCUUGUAUGGCUUUGCAAACUCGACUGAGCAAUUCAAUUGGCGUGCGUCUGAUAUUGGGCACUGAUCACACACAUGGAAAAAUAUUGGAAUAUCGCAGUUGA